CUUACAGUAGUCUCCAGGUCUCCUUGUCUUAACACAACCAUGGCAUAAUUUACAUCUUACGGCGCACGAAGUAACAAGCGAGCGCGAAGCCAUGCAUUUUUUAGAGACGAUUAGGGGCUUCCUCUCGCCUGUGUUUAGCCGGAUCCCGCUCAGUGGCAAGAAGAGGACACGUGAUGAGGACGAAGCUGCGGACAUGCCGCGACCGGAGACCAAAAAGGCCCAGCCGAGCAAUGCCCACUUGACUGAGCUGGCGACGUUGCCAGCGCCUCAACCUGAGAUACCCGUCGUAGCGAACGAGACGGAUGCAGCAAUGAGCGUCACUGAGUUUGUCGCAGCGGGCUCCUCCGGGUCCGGAACCGCGCCCGCGUUUGGGAUGCGCGCGAUAGUUCAGGAGAGCUGGCCGCUCGACAAGCCGCGACUGGAGCCACAUAGACGCAGCGCUCUGCUGCAGGUGCAGGGGCCGGGCGCGCAGCCCAGCCCCUUUGCGCCUAUGCAGCCUGCCAGCAUGCUCGAUCGCGCCACGCACUUGGGCGCCAGCUCGCAGACUGGGCUGCAACAGCCGGCGCUGCCUCCACGAGCGCAGGCGUUGGGCUUGGCGCGGCCGCAGGCGGGGGCCUCAGGCCCGCAUGCGGCGCCUGCGGUGCCCGGCCCGCGACCUGCACCCGCACCCCUUCCGCCCGGCCUCGUUAGCACCCCCGGCGGCAGCAGCACCCCCGCCCUAACCCCCGGCUUGGGCCGGGGCUGGGUUGGCCCCGGGGACACGCCCGGGGGGCCGCAGCCCCAGCGCCUGGCGUUUGACACGCCCAGCGCUACCACGCAGCGCCUGAACAGCCUGACCCUCGCCAGCCCCGGCCCCAGCCCCAGCUCCGCUGCUGCGGGUGGGGUCGCUGGGGCCGCCAUCAUUACUCGCACACCCACAGGAAGCGCAGCAGCGCCGCUGUACACGCCAGGCCUCCGGCCGCUGCCGGCAGGCUCGGCGUUUGAGGCCGCGGCAGCGGCCGCUGCUGCGGCGGGCCCGGCAGGGCCCGGCGCUCAUCGCCAGCAGCAGCACCAGCCGCCACUGCCUCCCCCCACUGAGUGGCGGCGGAGCCCGGGGCCUGCAGGGCUGGGUCCCAGGCCGCCGCUUCCCAUCGGAGGCCGCUCCCCGGCGCCCUCCCUGUCACCCGCAGCCGCCGCCGCAGCAGCGGCGCCGCAGCCCUACCCCACCACGCACCAGGCGCUGGCUCUGAUGACGGCGGCCCAGGCGAUGCAGCAGGCGGUGUCGUUGAUGGCGGCACAGGGCGGCUUCGCGGGGCUGGCUAGCGGCGAGCACGCCCGGCAGCUGGCGCUGAUGGCCGGCACGCCGCUGCCUCAGGUGCCGUUCGCCCGCACCCUGGCGGCGGUGGGCGCCGAGCUGGCCGCACCCGGAGGCGACCUGGCCCUGGGCGGCGCCGUGGCCCGCUACCUGGAGCAGCGCCGCCAGCAGCAGCAGCAGCAGCAGCAGCAGCGGGUGGCGGCAGCGGCGGCGGGGCCGAAUGCUGCGGCGGCGCCGGCGGCAGUGGUGCGCGAGGACGGCGGCUUCAUCGGCGAGGACGAUGACGAGCCCGCCGCCGCCAGUCGGGCGGAGGUGGACUCCCUCACGGCCAGGCUGCGCCAGGCAGCGCGCCGCAGCUCGGCGCUGGUGCACGGCCCCGGCGGCGACGGCGGCGCCGCGGCCGCGGCGGCGGCGGAGCGGGUGCGGCUGUCGCGCGCGGUGGAGUCGGGCGGCGCCGAGGCGCUGCAGAUGAUCGGGCUCAAGCUGGACGCUCACGCCCAGGUGGUAUCGCGGCUGCGGCAGUCGGCGGCGGCGGACACACAGCGCAAGGUGGCGCACAUCAAGGCCGUGGACGAGGCCCGGCGCCGCGAGCAGCAGCAGCAGCGGCUGGAUGCAGCGGCAGCGGCGGCACAGCAGCAGCAGGCGGCGGCGGCAGCGGCGGCGCCCGCGCCCGCCAAGGCGGCGCAGGCGGCGGCGCCGCCACCCCGGAAGCGAGUGCCUGCGGCCCGGCCGCCGCCGCCUGCUGCGGAUGACGAUGUGUUGGAUUUGAUCAGCAGCUCGGAGGAGGAGGAGGAAGCGGAGGUGGAGGAGGAGGAAGAGGGCGAGGGGGAGGAGGAGGAAGGGGAGGAGGAGGAGGAAGAGGAGGAGGAGGAGGAGGAAGUGGAGGAGGUCAACCUGACGCGGCCUGUGACGACGGCUGAGAUGGACACGUGGCGGCUGGUGAUGGACAAGGAAGCAGACCCCAAGCAGACGCUGCUGGCCUACGCGCCCAACCCCGCCACCGACAUCAAGCUGACGCGCGACAAGCUGCGCUGCCUGGCCGCCGCCACCUGGCUCAACGACGAGGUCAUCAACCUCUACAUGCUGCUGCUGCAGGAGCGCGACACGCGGCUGCGGCAGCUGGGCGGCGGCGGCGGCGGCGGCGCGGCCAACGGGGCGGCAGGAGGAGGCGGCGGCGGCGGCGGCGGGUACCCGCGCUGUCACUUCUUCAACAGCUUCUUCUACAACAAACUGUUCCAGGACGAGAACAAGUACAACUACGCCAACGUGCGGCGCUGGACCAUGCCCGCCCGCCUGCGGAACGGCAUGCAGGCCACGCCCGACCAGUCGGUGCUGCUGCUGGACCGCGUGCUGCUGCCCGUGCACCAGGGCAUCCACUGGUGCUGCGCCGAGGUGGACAUGGCGGCGCGCGCCGUGAGGUACUACGACUCACUCAAGGGCGAGGACCGGCAGUGUGUGCAGCACCUGUUGCAAUGGGUGGCGGACGAGAGCCAGGACAAACUCAAGACCAGGUGGGACACCAGCAAGUGGACUGUGGAGUUCCCCAAGAACAUCCCCACACAGCGCAACGGCUGCGACUGCGGCGUGUUUGCGCUCAUGUUCGCGGACCGCCGCGGCGCCGGCCUGGCGCACUGGGACUUCGACCAGCCGCACAUGGAGCUGCUGCGCCGCCGCGUGCUGCAGCGCCUGAUGCGCAUGCGCGUGGACCUGUACUGAGCGGGCCUUGCAGGAGGAGGAGGACUGGAGGAUUGGAGGAGGAGGAGGAGGAGUGGAGGUUUGGAGGAGGAGGGAGUGAUGCUUGGGUGUGUGCGCGGGGGCUGGGUGGAGGCUGGGUGGAGGCGGAGGAGCUGCAGACGGAUGACUCGGGCUAGGUCCGGCACAGGCGCAUCUGCAGCAUGUGGGCUUAGGAGGAGGAGCUGGCUGUGCGGAGCAGGGCGUGCGAUGGGACAGUGUUAAGGCAGGUUGUGCGGAGCAGGGCUGCAUUCCGGCAUCAGGCGGCUGGGGAGCAGCUGGAGGCUGUGGCUGUGGGGUGGGGGCCGUAGGCGACUGCGGCUGGCGAAGGGUGGAAACGGCGCGAGCAGUUGUCGGCCUUGUUGGGACGUGAGCCACGGAGCGCGGGUUCAGCUCGUGCGCGGGUUUGUCAGACGUGAAGCGCGUGUGGAGCUAGUGGCGAUGAGGUGCGGUGUGGGAUGGACAAAGCGCGGCAGUAACGUGGUGUAGUGUAUCAGUCGUGACCGCCGGACCGGAUGGAACGUGCAGACCUGGGCCUCUGUGUUGCAACACGGACAGAACCGCCUGUCCCACUUCCAA